AUGAAUUCAGUUUUUGUUAACGCAGACAGACAAAUGCAGCGAAAUUUAGAGUUCUGGGGGCAAUACCAAGAGGAUCAUAUGGAUGAAAUCUUUGGCAACCAUUUGUAUGAACUAUCUAAAUCAAGAGUUCUUAAAAAGAGAUUUUUUAGUUUAACAGAGAAAUUUCUAGUGAAAAAUAAGCUAGGCAGACAAAAAAUGGUUCCAAUUGAAUGAAAAAUUGUUGAUCCAUUUAUUGAAGAAAAUAAAAGCGAAGUUCGAUAUGGUUUUAGACUAGGCCAUACAGGGAAUUAUAAAGAUUUUUAUGUUUUUGACAUUAAUUCUUUACUCCACGCACUCCGUGAGCAACAAAACCAUUGUGAAAUCCCUAUUUUUGAGUAAAAACCCACCCACCUUAAGUGAACAAAUCAUUGUUUUAAUAGAAUUUUUUUUUUAUGUAUUAGUGAUAAUUAUUAUAAUAUAAUCGCGAACUAAUUCGAUUUAUUUUAAACAGCCUACAUGUUAAAAAAAAAUUUACAAAUUAAAUUAAUAUUUGCUUUCCAAUUUUCAAAAAUUGAUUUUUUAAAUUUCAAAAUAAAAAGCAUAACCCCCUCCAUGAGCGAACAAAAUUUUUUGUUUGCUUACGGAGGAGAAGUUAGAGAAAUGAAUAGAAAAAUUGUCGAAAGUUUGCAUAAUGACAGACAUAGAAGAUGACUAUGACUUUAUAAAACCAAUAGGCAAAGGUAGAUCAGCCAAGAUUUUUCUUGCAGAAAGAGUUGGAGACAUGAAAAAAUUCGCCAUAAAAUCAAUCAAAAAAAGUUACCUUCUAGAAAAUUCCGAAUUUGUUGAUUUACUAAUCAACGAAAUAAAAAAUAUGAGAAAAUGCAAUCACCCAAACAUAGCCAAAUUACACAGAGUCUAUGAGAGUGAAACCCAUGUGCAUUUAGUCAUAGACUAUGCAGAAGGAGGAGACUUGUUCAAUAGAAUACUUCAAAAGAAAAAAUUCGAUGACGAAGCGAUAUUAAGAUUAAGCUAUAAAUUUAUGGAGGUGCUGGAAUAUCUCGACUCUAUAAAUAUUGUGCAUAGAGACAUUAAGCUUGAAAACAUCCUUAUGGUCUCCGAGGGCAACGAUUAUGACUUUAAGCUCGCUGAUUUUGGACUUUCAGAAGAAGCAUCAGGGGAUCUCCACAAAAAAUGUGGAUCCCCAGGCUAUAUUGCUCCUGAAAUACUGCAAGGGCUUCCAUAUGGAACUAAGGUAGAUGUUUUUAGCUUUGGGAUUGUGCUCUAUAUUUUACUAACUGGGAAAAUGCCUUUUAAUGGGAAGACUUCUCAGGAUAUAUUAUGCAAGAAUAAAGACUGUAAAUUAAAUUUCCAGGAAAUCAUCUGAAACUAUGUUCCUCACAACUGCUUAAGCUUCUUGGUUAGACUGGUGCAAAAGGAUCAAAAUUGUAGAAGCACUGCAAGAGACAUGCUAGAUCACCCAUGGCUGUCUGAAACAAGCUCAAAAAUGGAGAAAAUAAAGACAAGUCCAAUAAUAAAAUCGGAGGAAAAAAGGGAGGAAUAA